AUGGCGAACGAUCUCGCCGCUCCUUCGUUGGAGGAGAAGGUGCGGAUCGAUGGGUCAGUGGCGGAGGCAACCCUAGCGCCCGACGGGGCGCUGCGCUGGAGCUCCGACAACGGCGGAAAGUGGUGCCUCACCUUCGAUUCCGAGGUCCUAGGGUUCGAAACGGAGGGUGCUCGGAUCACCAUCCGGGCAUUCGUGGAGGCGUCCAAGGGGACGGCUUCCUGUGGCUCUCAGGGGGGCCUCGGGAGGCGGGUGAGGAGGGAUUAUGUUCUCGAUAUGCCCACCGACGAGGCGGCUUCCUUGUGGACAGAGAAGAUGAACGCUUAUCUCGAUUCUCUGGGACGGCCAAAGCGGUUGUUUAUUAUUGUAAAUCCAUAUGGAGGAAAGAAAGGUGCACUGAGAAUUUUCAAUACAGAGAUUAAGCCCCUUCUAGUGGAUGCUAAUGUCCUUUACUCCAUGAAAGAAACUAAACAUCAGCUCCAUGCUCAAGAAAUUGCUAAGACCAUGGAUCUUCUAAAAUAUGACGGAAUUGUGUGUGUCAGUGGUGAUGGUGUACUCGUGGAGGUAGUUAAUGGUUUACUUCAAAGGGAAGACUGGGAUAGUGCCAUUCAAGUUCCUCUUGGGAUAAUUCCAGCAGGGACAGGAAAUGGUAUGGCAAAAUCACUUCUACAUUCUGUAGGCGAUUUAUACUCCGUUUCAAAUGCCACAUUUUCUGUUAUUAGAGGUUACAGACGUCCUCUUGAUGUGGUCACUGUCGCACAAGGAAAGACUAAAUUUUUCUGUGUCUUGAUGCUUACUUGGGGCUUGGUAGCUGAUAUUGAUAUUGAAUCGGAAAAGUACAGGUGGAUGGGAAGUGCUCGCUUGGACUUUUAUUCUCUCUUACGCAUAUUGAAACUGCGAAAGUAUCACGGGCAUAUUCAGUUUGUGCCAGCACCUGGAUACGAAACAUACGGAGAACCAAUAACGCAAAGCUUUUGCAGCAGUGGCACUGAAUUUUGCAAAGAUGACCAGGGAGAUACAGUAACUGGCAGCUCGUGUGGCUACCAAGGCCUAGCAAUGGGCGCCUAUGGAUGUGAAUGGAGAUGUAUGAAUGGUCCUUUCAUUGCUGUUUCGAUCAACAAUGUACCAUGGGCAGCUGAAGAUGUGAUGCCAGCACCAAAUGCCAAGUUUUCUGAUGGCUACUUGGAUGCCAUAAUCAUCAGAGAUUGUCCAAAGUCAGUCCUCUUGUCGCUGAUGCUAAAGCUGAGCGAUGGAAGUUACUGCAAGUCGCCAUAUGUCACGUACUUCAAGGUCAAGGGAUUUCGGUUAGAACCAGGAAACAGAGUAGGCAAUCCCUCAAAGGGUGGCAUUGUCGACUCGGAUGGAGAGGUUAUAGCAAGGGGAGACUACUCUGAUUGCAAUAGUGGUAAACAGGAGAAAGAGCAUAAUAAUCUGAUGGCUUAUGGCCCUCCCAUCGAAAUGGCAGUGGAUAAGGGCUUGGCCACCAUCUUCUCACCCAGAUGCUGACGAUCCAUCUAGCAUUCUUUUUGGUCAACUCUUUAUUCUCGGCCAAAAAGGAAGAAAAGAAAACAUGCACAAUCGUUGUAUGAUAACUGUAAAUCAUUGUCUAUUCUCACAGUUGAUUAAUGAGCAAAUAUAAAUUUCUAAAGGUUGAGCCGUCAA